GGAGAUUAUAUCCAGAAACAAUUAGGGUGUUCUAAACGUCUUAUUAUAUAAACCCCCUUGCUACGAAUCUUCAAACCCCUGACUCUCGCUUCUUAAUCAAAUUCAAAAUCAUGGCUUUACCAAAUCAGCAGACCGUUGAUUAUCCAAGCUUCAAGCUUGUAAUCGUCGGCGAUGGUGGAACUGGAAAGACAACCUUUGUGAAAAGGCAUCUUACUGGGGAGUUUGAGAAGAAAUAUGAACCAACCAUUGGUGUGGAAGUUCAUCCCUUGGACUUCUUCACUAACUGUGGAAAAAUUCGGUUCUAUUGCUGGGAUACUGCUGGGCAAGAGAAGUUUGGUGGCCUUAGAGAUGGAUAUUACAUCCAUGGGCAAUGUGCUAUCAUCAUGUUUGAUGUAACUGCCCGUUUGACAUAUAAGAACGUUCCAACAUGGCAUCGUGAUCUCUGCAGGGUGUGUGAAAACAUCCCAAUUGUUCUUUGUGGGAACAAGGUCGAUGUGAAGAACAGGCAGGUGAAAGCAAAGCAGGUUACAUUCCACAGGAAGAAGAAUCUGCAAUACUAUGAGAUCUCUGCAAAAAGCAAUUAUAACUUUGAGAAGCCCUUCUUGUACCUUGCUAGAAAACUUGCUGGGGAUCCUAACUUGCAUUUUGUGGAGUCUCCUGCUCUGGCUCCUCCAGAGGUGCAGAUCGAUAUGGCUACUCAACAACAGCAUGAAGCUGAGCUUGCUGCUGCUGCUAGUCAACCUCUACCAGAUGAUGAUGAUGAUGCAUUUGAGUGAAAACAUAGAUGGAUUGUGUGAUUGUUGGAGUGAAAGGCUCAAAAUAGAUAGAUUGUUUGAGGAACUGCUGUGUCUUUUCACAUGAGUUUUUGGAUCAAAUUAUUCCUGGCGUAUUGUUUCUGUGUUUUUAGGUAUUGCCUUUUAUAUCAGUGUUAUUUGCCUUGUGGGUUGGUGCUUAUUGCACUGUGUUGUUUCUCAGGGAGCCAUCCAAUUUUCUGUAGGAUGUUAAAAUGUUGCUCCAUUUUCCAUCCUAAACCACUAUUAUUAUUAUUAUUGUGUUGAUAGCUGAA